AUGAGCCGUCCCGACAUCACCCUCUACACAGCGCAGACUCCCAAUGGAAUUAAGAUUUCCAUUGCGCUGGAGGAGCUAGGUCUCCCUUACAAAGUCGAGAAGAUCGAUAUCACCAAGAACACCCAGAAAGAGCCAUGGUUCCUCGAAAUCAACCCCAACGGCCGCAUCCCCGCCCUGACCGACACCUUCACCGACGGAUCCAAGAUCCGCCUCUUCGAAUCCGGCAGCAUCCUCACCUACCUGGCGGAACAAUACGAUAAAGACCACAAGAUCUCCUACCCGCAGGGCACCCGCGAAUACUACGAACAGAACAGCUGGCUCUACUUCCAGAACGCCGGUGUCGGGCCCAUGCAAGGCCAGGCGAACCACUUCCACCGGUACGCGCCCGAGCGCAUCGAGUACGGCGUGAACCGCUACAUCAACGAGACGAGACGGCUAUACAGCGUGCUGGAUGCGCACCUCGCCAAGUCCAAGUCCGGGUAUCUUGUUGGUGAUCACGUCAGUAUCGCGGAUAUCUCGCAUUGGGGUUGGGUUGCUGCGGCCGGGUGGGCGGGAGUCGAUAUUGAGGAGUUCCCGAAUCUCAAGGCGUGGGAGGAACGCAUGGCUGCUAGGGAGGGAGUCGAGAAGGGUAGACAUGUGCCGAGUCCGCAUACUAUUAAGGAGGUUUUGAAGGAUAAGGCCAAGGCGGAGAAGAUUGCGCAGGAGUCGAAGGGGUGGAUUCAGCAGGGGAUGAAGGCGGAUGCUAAGCAUUAG